CUCCUAUUUAUAUCAACCCUUCACAAAUCCAACCUCACAACCCUCAACUUUGGUUCCUUCAUUCAUUCAUUACGAUUGUAAACAAGUCCUUGUAAAAAAUGUUGCAUAUCCUGGUUUUGAUUCUGUGUGUGGUCGGAGGCGUGAGAGCCGAGGAUCCUUACAGAUUCUUCACUUGGAACAUCACUUACGGUGACAUUUACCCUUUAGGUGUUCGACAACAGGGGAUUUUGAUAAAUGGGCAAUUUCCAGGACCUGAUAUCUAUUCAGUCACAAACGAUAACAUUAUAAUCAACGUUUUCAACAAUUUGCCAGAGCCAUUCCUCCUCUCAUGGAGUGGGGUCCAGCAACGGAAGAACUCGUUCCAAGACGGAGUAUACGGGACAACAUGUCCGAUCCCUCCGGGCAAGAACUUCACCUACACAAUGCAAAUGAAAGAUCAAAUCGGCAGCUUCUACUACUUCCCAUCUCUCGCUUUCCACAAAGCCGCCGGUGGAUUUGGCGCCAUCCGCAUCCUCAGCCGCCCCAGAAUCCCCGUCCCCUUCCCCGAACCCCACGCCGACUACACGAUCCUUAUCGGCGAUUGGUACAAAGCCAACCACAAGGUGUUGCAGUCGGUUCUAGACUCUGGGAAAAUGCUCGCUUUCCCAGACGCCCUUCUCAUCAAUGGGAACGCUGGAAACAACACAAAGUUUACGCUCGAACAAGGGAAAACAUACAGGCUGAGAAUAUCAAAUGUGGGAUUGAGAAACUCACUGAAUUUCAGAAUCCAAGGGCACAGCAUGAAGCUGGUUGAAGUGGAAGGCACGCACACAGUGCAGACCAUGCUGUCCUCGCUGGACGUCCACGUAGGCCAGUCCUACUCCGUCCUCGUCACCGCCGACCAGCCCCCUCAAGACUACCACAUUGCCGUCUCCACCCGCUUCUCCUCCCCCGUCCUCACCUCCACCGCCGUCCUCCACUACUCCACCUCCCGAACCCCUGCCUCCGGCCCUCUUCCCCCCGCCCCUGAAGACGUUCAAUGGUCCCUCAACCAGGCCCGUUCCAUCAGGACUAAUCUGACGGCGAGUGGACCGAGGCCGAAUCCGCAAGGAUCAUACCACUACGGCCAAAUCAACGUAUCGAGGACUAUUAGGGUAGGCAACACACCCGGCUUGCUCAACGGCAAGCAGCGCUAUGCUGUGAACGGCGUGUCUUUUGUGGCAGCCGACACGCCCCUCAAGCUGGCGGACUACUUCAACAUCGACGGGGUGUUCCGCGUCGGGAGCAUCCCGGACUCCCCUCCCGUCUCGCGAGACAUCCGCAACGACACGGCAGUGAUGGGAGCUGACUACAGAGCCUUUGUUGAGAUUGUGUUUGAGAACAGAGAAAACAUCUUGCAGAGCUGGCAUCUUGAUGGAUACUCUUUCUUUGUAGUAGGGAUGGAUGCAGGUUCUUGGACACCAGAUAGCAAGAAACAGUACAAUCUUCAAGAUGCUGUUUUCCGCUCUACAAUACAGGUUUAUCCCAAGUCUUGGACAGCAAUCUAUGUUGCACUAGACAAUGUAGGAAUGUGGAACCUUAGGUCUGAGUACUGGGCUCGACAGUACCUCGGACAGCAGUUUUAUCUCCGUGUCUAUACACCGGUCAAGUCCACCAGAGACGAGUAUCUCAUUCCUUCCAACGCCCUUCUCUGUGGGAGAGCUGCCGGCAGAAGCUAGUACAUAGUAAUGCCACUUGUAUAACCUUAAAAGUAUAGCUUCAAAAUGCACCUACUCACAGUCUCAUUCUUUGUAUUUCUUCAAAAUAAGUCAUGUAAGAAAAAGCUAUAUAAGUUUGAAAUAUUCCAUUCUUUAA